AUGCAGGCAGCCGUGGCGGCGGUCACUGUGCAGGCCGUGAAUAACGACGCCAUGACCGCAUCGCGAUCAGGCAGCCCGGCCCCGAUCGUCCACUACCAGCAUCCGGUACAGCUGCCGGCGCAAGCCUGCGCAGCGCGCCACAACAGCCCCAUGCAAAUAUCUGCAGGGGCGCGGACGACCUCGCAGAACUCUGCCGCUGCGCCUGCAGCGACAAGGAUCAGCCCGGCGAUGCAAGGAUCCUGUCAAGUUUUGGCGUCCAACGUGGCGCCAGCGGUGUAUCAGCGCCCUCCGCGGCCUGCAAUGUGCCUCAGAGGAGCCUGGAAUCCACAGUGA